AUGUGCAGCGUGUUUCUAUGGAAAGGAAGCCUCGAUGCGCAUCACACAGCUCGAGUCGCGUGGGAUACGGUAACAAAGUCAAAAGAAGCAGGAGGGUUGGGGAUUAGGGACCUAAUUACCUGGAAUAGAGCCUGCUGUCUGAAACUGAUCUGGUUAAUCUUCUUUCAAUCCGGCUCGGUAUGGGUUGCCUGGUUUAGAGCGGAGAUACUUGAUGGAAACCUGAGUAACUUCUGGACAGUCAAACCCAAUCAGAGAAACUCGUGGCUUGUAAAUAAGCUGCUAAGGAUAAGGGAGGAUAUUUACCCGUGGAUCAAACUGCGAAUCGGGAAUGGAGCGUCCUGUAGGUUCUGGUCGGACAACUGGACUCCGUUUGGCAACAUCAGCAACUAUCUGAGAGGAAGCGAAACCUCAAGACUGGGGAUUACUGAGAUGGCAACGGUGGCUAGUCUUCACAGUAGGAACCGAUGGCGUCUUCCACCUGCGAGAUCGGACAAGCUGGUUAGUCUUCUGGCGCAUCUAACCACGAUCUCUUUGACUGACGAGGAGGAUUAUUAUGAAUGGGAUAUUGAGGGUUUUGUCUCAAAAAAGUUUGGAACUGGAGAGGUGUACAAGCAAUUACGAGGAGAAAUGGUGGUGGUACCUUGGGCUAAAACUGUGUGGUGUGUAGGAGGAAUAGCAAAGCAUAACUUCCUUGCUUGGCUUGUCACUCUCAAUCGUUGCCCUACUAGAGACAGGAUCGCAAGUUGGGGACUACAUACCGACUUGAACUGUCUUCUUUGCAACGUUAGAUCGGAAUCCAGAGAUCACCUUUUCUUCGAUUGUGAGGUCAGCUGGAGCAUCUGGCGACAAAUGGCUAGGAGAUGCAAUCUGCAACCGCUAAGACGAUGGACUCACUCACUGGAGCAGAUGAACACACUCGCUUCUGGUAAACUGGCGAAAAGACUUACUCUCAUUGCAUGGCAAGCAUGUUUAUUGGAUAUGGUCGGAGAGAAACGGUAG